AUGCAGGAGAACCGGCCCGAGGUGGCCGCCUACUUCAAGGCGUUGUUGCAGUCACGGCUGCACAGCCCUCCCAUCCGCUGCGGCUUCGCUGGUGAUGACAAGGGCAAGGCCAUGUAUGCUGGCCGUGCGCUCAAGGCUGGCGAGCCAAUCUGGACCGAAGCCCCGUUCGUGGCCAUGCAACACGAGGACAACAAAGAGUUUGUGGACUGCUGUGAAAACUGCUUCGUGCCGCUUGUAGACAGCAAGGCCUGCUGGGCCCGCGUGAUGGCCAGUCGGGCCGAAGUGGAGGGCGAAGCGGCCCCCGCUGAUGAGUCCUCGGCCAGCGUCGCCGACUUUGAGGCCGCCAUCGCGUUCUUACAAAAAGAAGGCGGCAAGAGUCCCGAGGAGAGCUACUUUUCCGUCUUUAAACUGGCCGAGAACCAGGUAAAAUGCACAUGUGGCUCGAUCUACUGCUCCGACACGUGCAAAAAGAUUGCGUACGCGCAACACCACGCACUGCUGUGCUCGCACUCGGAAGACCGCGAGAGUGGCAUGGGCCAGUUCCUCAACCACACACUAGUGACCAACGAGAUCUUCCAGCUCGCGGCCAAAGUCGUGGCCAAGAUGCUGCUACUCUUUGUGGCCACACAAGACAUGGCCCAGGCCCGACAGCCCGUCGACAUGUUUUGCAAAUUACCGUGGUGGGAAGUCAUCAGCUCGGAAGACGAUCUUGAAGAGGGCGAGACGCUCGAACAGUACCGUGACAAGUUCCGGGCCCUUAUCUCUCAAACCUUUGAGCGUUUCCUGGGUGGCCUUAAGGAGAACUUGGUGCAUUUAGAGACACACGGCGAACUCCAUGGCCUCACGGCCGACGCCGUACUGGCCUCGUGCGACGAGGUUUUAAACGUUGAUUUUUUCAGCCGCGUCGUGGGCAUGUUCGAGAUGAAUAACAUUAGUAUGGAGAUUGACCACCCGUUCCACGCUCUGGGCGAGGCGUUGAGUGAGGCCAGUCCCGAGGAGAAGAAGGACAUGCCGCCGGUAUUGGCCCGUGUCAAGGCCGCGUUGGAGAAGUUCGCAGAGGAACACAAACACCAUCUCUGCGACGAGGAGCACGAAGACGAAGAAGAUGAGUGUUACGCAUUGGACGAAGACUUUGUGGGUGUGGAAGGCACAGCGCUGUUCUCGGGUAUCUGCACAAUGAACCACAGCUGCGACCCCAACUGUACGGUGCUGUACACGAAGGAUGGAGCGGCACAUGUUUUCGCGGUCCAGGACAUCCCGGAGGGUGACGAGCUGUGCAUCUCGUAUAUUGAUGUGGACCAGGAGGUGGACGAACGGGAGGAGUGUCUUCGCUAUCAGGUGAUCAACAUCACCAGAGCCGAAUACUAA